UUGCAACCCUACAAAGCUCUAAAAAAGAGUGCACUUAGACAACAAAAUAAUGGACGCAACUUCAGCAAUUACAGGCGAUGUGGACAAAACACAAAUACCGCCGCUUAAUCAAAAGCGCAUCUUGGCCUUUGUAAAUCAUUUUCUCGUCAGCACCUGCACCUUUUUGAAUGAGUUUGCCUUGGGCUGUGAGACCAAGUUUGUGGAGAUGGAGCGGCAAUUGCAGAAGACCGAGGCGGCCCUCAUUAUACUGGAGGCCAAGCUAGCGUCCAUACCCACCGAGCACCAUGUAGCCGACGAGGACCUCAAGAUUCCAGCAACAUCCAACGAACCCAAGGAAGAUCCAGUUGUGAAUGCGGAAAUCCCACCCACUGAAAGUAAACCAGAACCUGAAGCUCCACCUGAACCCCUAGGAGUGCGAGCUUGCGAGGAUCUGCGAUACAGAAAGUUCUUCAAAAUGGUUCAUGUAGGAGUGCCUGCGCCGGCAGUCAAGCAGAAAAUGCAAUCCGAAGGCCUGGAGCCUCUCAUUCUAGACACUCCCGAUCUUAUCCUGGCGGACGGCCUUCGUGAGUGAGCAGAUUGUGGAAUUCAAACCCAACCUUGUGAUAUAGCACUUGUUGCUACACUUUUCAAUUAAACAUUUUGUAAAGCUUAUGUCUACAA